AUGUGUGCAGACAUGCCAGGCUCUCUUGUAUGUAUGUUGUUGGUCUCCGCUUUCGACUGGACAGAGGCGCUUAUCAUUCCGAAGGCUCAAUUCGCAGGCUCCUCGGUGAUUGUGGUUACGUCGGAUUGCAUCCUAGCUUUGCGGGUGUGGAUUCUGUAUCGCCGAUCCCGGACCUUGCUGUAUUUCUUUUCAUUCCUGAUGCUCGGUUUGUUUGAAUCCCUGCCAGUAAGGUUUGGACUCAAUUUCUUCUCAGCGGAAACCACUGUCUUUAUCUACACGGGAUAUCACACAGUCGAGCCACUAACAGAAUUCAUCCACCUUGGACCUCUACUGCCUGGAUGUUACUCGCCAGCCAACCACCGGAUCCUGACAUACUACGCAUUGCCUGAGCUAGUUCUGUCGAUUAUGAUGUUCGCGAUGACGCUGUACAAGUGCCGCGCCUCGUCACUCACCCUGAGGGAUGUGGGCAUCGGGCGCACGCCGAUCGUCGCCAUCUUCUUGCGCGACGGGCUGUUCUGGUUUCUUGCCGUAUUGGCUCUUGCGGUCACGAAGCUGAUUCUGUGGCAUGGCGGACGGCCGACGCUGGUAGAAGCUCCUAUCGUGCCCGCCACCGCACUGGUCUCUGUGAUUGGCGCUCGCGUGUUGCUGAACAUCAAGAGCCUGGCCGCCCCGCUCAACCACCGCAGCCUGUACAGCACCUCCUCGGCUUCGGCCCCUGCCGACAGCGCAGCGAGAGUGACGUUCUCAGGGGGACCGCGGUCGCAGAUCCGAACACACGGGACUUGGCGCGAUGUUGCCGAAGAUGAUGGCAGUCACCCAUGGGUCGUUAACAAGAGCUGGAAGUGA